AUGCAGCUCCUCUUCAGUCUCGCACUGCUCCUGUUUCUCACUCUGACUGCAGAGGCCGGAGAUUGGUGUUACCAGUCCCAGUUCACCUGUGAUCAUCAGUGUAAGACACCAAAUCUAUGGAACAACGCAGACAGUGACUGCGCCGGAAGAUUUCAGUCUCCAAUCAAUGUUGUCACCAGAAAAACUCUACCUGACGAGCGGCUCACAGCGUUCAAGUUCAGUGACUACCAGAAGAUCUUCAGCGGCUCCAUCAAGAACAAUGGUCACUCAGUCCAGGUCCAAAUUCCUCACGGCAGCACAAUAUCAGGAGGAGGCCUGUCCACCACAUACAAAGCUGUGCAGUUCCACCUGCACUGGGGCGCCAGAGGGGGGCCCGGUUCAGAGCACACCAUCGAUGGGGAACAGUAUCCCAUGGAGCUGCACAUAGUGCACAUGAAGCACCGUUAUACUGACCUGAACACAGCGCUGAAAGACCCAGAGGGGGUGGCAGUGCUGGGGUUCUUCUAUGAGAAAUCGAACAGUGCAAAUAGAAAAUAUGACCCAAUUAUCAGUUCACUACAAAGCAUUACAGAAGCGAAUAAGACCACUUCAAUGAAGCCUGUAUCGCUGACUCAGCUGAUUCCUGCUGAGCAGAACUUGACCAGUUACUACCGAUACAAGGGCUCCCUGACGACACCCGGAUGCACCGAGUCUGUGGUCUGGACUCUGUUUGAGAGUCCGAUCCCCCUCAGCAGUGACCAGCUCAAGGCAUUCUCUGACCUGAAAUUCCAUGAUGGCAAACCAAUGGUGGACACAUUCAGACCGGUGCAGCCUCUGAAUAACCGGCAGGUGUUCCGCUCCAGUACCACAGCGGUGAUCGCCAGCGCUGCUGUCCUUGUGGUGGCUCUGGUAGCAGCACUGGGGAUGUCCCACCUCAACUAG